CCCUUUGGAAAUUACUCAAAGAGUCAUUCUCUAGGGAAGUAGUCAUUUUGACUUUUCGUCUCGGAUUUGAAUGUAUUUCAGGACAACGAGCCUAACUAUUCAUGAGUCUCAAUAUGUCAUGUCGUCAGCAGACUGUAGUAUUGGCGAGUACAUUCUUGUCUGGAGCAAAUCCACUUUCCUGUACGUUUUUAGACUAGUGAUAAUUACUUUUCCAUCAAUGGUCCAGUUUCAGAGUCUAUAUAUACCAAAUUGUGGCAAGAGCGUCUCACAUUCUCACAUUAUGGAAGGAACUUCUCGAGCUCUUUCUAAUACCAUAAGAUUUGUUGGUCUACUUGGUAGUCAUGCUCUUGGUAGCAAUCCAAGGUUCAUGGCUACAGCGGUUGAUCUAGGAAGUGAAUUGGUAAGGCGAAAAAUCAGGCUUACCUACGGAGGAGGCAACGUUGGCCUUCAAGGAGCUGUAGCUUCAACGGUCUAUAAUAAUGGUGGUAGAGUCAGAGGUUUCAUACCAGGGUAUAUAGCAACACGAGGGGUCUAUGGACCAACAUAUGGUGUGGAGUACACCGUCUCCAGCAAUUACUAUAAGUAUUUCGAGAUGAAUCAUAUUGUGGAAGCCUUCAUUGUACUUCCUGGAGGAAUUGACACUAUGGAGGGUUUAUUCACUUUGAUCUCAUGGGCAUCCGAAGGGUUACACAGUAAACCCGUUGGUCUUUUGAACAUUGAUGGUUAUUUCAAUAACCUAAUCAAGUUUCUAGAUGAUGCGGUGAGACAGAACUUCAUGGCUUUGAAUCAGAGGAAACUUUUUAUUUCUUCUUUCUUUGUUGAUUAGCUUUUGGACAAGAACAUUUCGAGGCAAUCUAAACUUUGUUGUAAUCGAGUCUAUGAGGAUACUAGCAACUCAAAGGAAGCAAAUUUUCAAUGAGUUAAGAUUGUGUGUUAUGCCAUAGUAACUUACUUGUUGAUUACCUUCCCGGGGCAGAGAUGUCGUGGAGGAUGUGGAUGCAGGACUUUGAAAAUAUUGACUCAAUGAUCCGAAAAUCGUUUUGCUCUGAUACCAAAAUGUAACACCCCAAUCCGUAUAACCCGGAAUUACACGAAUUAAGGUGAAACGAGAGUUAAAUAAAAAUUUCACUUGACAUUUGAAUAUGACAAUUACUUAAAAAUAUUAAAUUUACAGACUCUGGAUCGCGACCCAUUUAAAAAUAUUUUCAGAGUAAUGCGGAAGUACAAUAAUAAUCAAAUCAUGACACAUUU